UUGUCCCCUGUUGGGACGGGACCGUCGCCUCCGUUCGUAAGAUGGCUGCAUUCUCCCCAUUUUCUAGACGUCUGUGCUCCGAAACCCACCUCCUUUCCUCCCUCCUCUCUCGUCUCCUCUCCUCCACCACCUUCGCCGCGAUCGACGACACUGCUUCUGGUUUCUGGCGCCUCCUCCGCUCCAACUCCGGGCACCCUUCCCUCGAGCGAACGCUCUCCCGCUCGCUCUCCAACACCAAGCUUACCGCCCCCGUCGUGGAAUCGGUCCUCCGCCAGUCUUCCGCGGCCGCCACCAAGGAUGACGACGACCGAGCGCUGGCGCUCCGCUUCUUCGUCUGGGCCGGCCUCCAACCCAACCAUCACCAUUCUGCCGCGGCCUACGUUGCCGCGUGCGACGCCCUCCACCUUCCCCGCCACCCCUACUUCCUGUCCCAACUCUUGGAUUCCUACCGCGCCGUCGCAUUCCCCGUCUGCGUUAAGACUUUCAAAAUCCUCCUCAACCUCUGUCGCCACGGCAACCUUCCUGACGAGGCCCUCGCCCUCCUCCGUCGAAUGCCGGAGUUCAACUGCCGCCCGCAUAACGCCUCUUAUAACGCCGUCCUUCGCCUCCUGGCCGAUGCUGGCCGUGGCGGAGCUGUCGCAGCUCUCUUGGAAGAGAUGACAGAAGCCAGGUUGAUCCCAGAUGUGAUAACUUACGUUACGGCCGUGCGAGGGCUGUCCGCCUCAGGCCAGAUUGGAGCCGCCCGCGGCCUCCACGGCCAGAUGCGGGCGAACGGGUGCGUGCCCAAUGCGGUCGCUUACUCGGCUCUGCUCGAUGGGGCUUGCGCCUGCGGUGAUCUAAAGUCGGCGAUGGAGCUUCUGGUUGAGAUGGAGCGUGAAUUGGAGGCGGCAUGUGCACCAAAUGUGGUGACCUAUACCUGUUUGAUCAAAUGCCUCUGCGACAAGGGUCAGCUAGGUGACGCAUUGGGCAUCCUAGACCGGAUGGGGCAGAGACGCUGUUCUCCAAACCUGGUGACAAUUCGGACUCUGGUGGAUGGCUUCUGCGCACAGGGGCAUGUCAACGGAGCACACGAGCUGAUCGGGAGGGUGGCUGGAGAAGGAGCGGUCUCGACAGCAGACUGCUAUAGCGUGCUUGUCGUGUGCCUGUUGAGAAUUCAGGACAUCGAAGGUGCAGAGAAGGUACUUGGGAUGAUGCUGGAGAAGGGUGAUCGACCGAGCGGUCUGGCAUGCAAUUCUUUGAUGAGGGAGCUAUGUGAACGGAGGCGAUUCGUGGACACAUGCCGUGUCCUCGAGAUGGAGGAGAAGGGGUUGGUCUGCAUCGACUCUGAUGUCUACUCUCGUCUUCUGCUAGGCUUUUGUGAGGAGGGUCAUUUGAACGAGGCUCUGAGGUUGGCAGCAAAGGUUGUCGAGAGGGAGACUCCCUUGCAGGCUGAUUGUGUUGAUGCUGUCGUCGAGGUGUUAUUGGAGUCUGGUGAACAUGCCUUGGCGUCACAUAUCAUGGGACUGAAACAGCCAUAGCAGCUUUAAUUUUGAACUUGGUGUUAUGUGCUGCCUAUGAGAUUUCUGAACAUGCUGAGCUGAGUCUAUUUUCAGCUGCUGUUUUCCUGGUCAAUGAAUGUCGAAUAAAUUUGUUAGGAAAUGAGUGCCAUCAAUGUUUUAUUGAUACAAAAUGUUCAUUGAAGGUAAAUUCUUUAAAUUUAGCAAUGAUAACAUGUGAAAUUGGAG